AUGAACACCAAUUCGAUCUUCGAAAAUCUGAGCGACUUCUCAAAUUGGUACGUGGACAAAAUUCACAGGAGCAAAGAGGACGACGACGCCAAUAUAGCCUUCUUGUGCAAUAGGAAGGAAGCAGUUCUACAAAAGCAUCUCAGCAGCCCCACCUCUUCCUCGGACUGGUAUGACAAAAACAUGUACAGCAAUUAUUAUCUACUGAACAAAAGUUGCGCAUACUUAAAGUCCAAAUGUGUUAAGGAUACAGUUUUAGAUCCAUAUAGAAUGGAGGAGGAACGGACCAAUGGAAACCACCAGGCUAAUCUUCGUUAUGAAAAUGAUGAGAAAGAUGGUCACACGUGUGUUCAGAGUUAUCCUUAUGAUAACGCAAAAGUGCGUAAAAAAAGGACGUUCCAUUUCAAAAUUGAUAAGGAAAAAGCUUCUGAUUUGGGAACAUGUAAUGGUAAUAUAAGCUCGGACAUAUUACUAUAUAAUAGCGAAUAUGAUGAUGGUAAGUACCAGGAUAAAAUAGAGACAUAUGAUUUUUUAAAAGAAUGUGAGUAUGAAAAUGGCACCAAUUCUGCGGACCGAACAAAAUAUGACGAUGAUGGAUCAUCUCUCGAGAUGCUACACAUUCUUGAGAAGGAAAAAGACACCAACAUUUCGGAUAUACAAAAUUUCUCCGUGCGCACACAUUCAUACAGACACAGUGGAGAAACGUAUGCGGAGCAAAAAAAACCAUCAUCGAGUAACAUGUCUAAAUUGAUGAAAAUAAAAUUUUUAAUAAAUAAAAAAAAAAAUUCAUCCAACAGAAAAAAUGGAAGUUCUCCAUUUUCUGAUUAUAAAAAUAACAACACAUUUGUAAAAUUCCUCAUGGCUGAAAUAAAAAUAGAAACAAAGCUAUACAAGUUAAUUUUAUUUCUGUUCCUUUUGAUACUAUUGUCACUCUUUAAGGAUAUGUCUAAUUACAUAGUUAUUACAAGAAAGUGCUACAACAUAUAUGAAAAUCCAAUAAAAUCGAUUAAAAGAAUAUUAAAAUGUGUAAUUUGGGCUUUAAAAAUUGGACAUAAAUUCAGUUCUCCAUUUAUUCUGUAUAUGUUAUCAUUUUUUGGUGUAAUAAUUUUCCGCAUUUUGUUACUUCUCAACAUUCCUAUCUUCCUUUUGUUACUUUAUUGUAAAUUUUUUCUGAAAAAUGAGGAGCCCACUGUUAAGCUGUACCUCCUUUUUGUUGUCAACAUGUACAAAUAUAUUGUUUUCCAUUUUGUUCACAUUUUAAAGAAUUAUUCCAAUCACAUUUGUUUCCGUGAUUUUUUGUCCGUCAUUUAUGUAUCUUUUCAUUUCAUUUUUGUUUCCCUCUAUCGAAUUGUGCACAGAAUUUACGCUCAUAAAGUUCGCUAA